AUGCUUCCACUGAGUUUUACUCAAUGCGUCACGGCUGGUAUUGCCCUUGUUGCUAAGCAGUACCCGAAAGCAGAGCUACUCGAAGCCUUGUGCACGUCUCCCAAAGUCGGUUAUGUCAACAGUCCCUCCGAAUUCACGAACCUGGACCUUGUAUUCAGGGCCAAUGACGGCACAUGGGGAAGCGUGCGCAUGAAUACGACCAACUGCGCCGACUUUGCGCUCGAGUACGUUUCGGAACCAGUGAUGGACGAUGUCGCCAUCCCAUGGCCGGUGGAAAAGGACGCUGUUCAGGCGGACCAGUACCUAAAGGAGUCGUCAUACCCUUCGGCUUACGAUAGUAUGCUCUUGCGCUGGCCGUUUUACCCUGGCGACGACGAGCCAUACUACAUCUUCCACUUGGAAAAGUAUGGAGAUUUAUUUGCAUUUGUUCCUACUCGUUCGAUCAAAAUCUGCUUAUCGAAAUGA